AAACACAUCAAAUUAACCGUACCAGAAUCUUCCCUUCGCUCCCCACUCCCCACCCUCUCGCCUCUCUCUAUACAUUUCUCUCCGCUCAUCAACGAGAACCUGAUCCCCAAAUUAAAAAAAAUAGGUUUAGGGUUUCAUCGAUCCCACUCGAUCAAAUGGCAUUAAGGAAGCUCUACAGCGAAAUUAAGGGCUUGAAAGUUAAGGAAUUGCCCGACCACGUGAAGCCGAUGCUGUCAAUUGGUUAUGUGAAGAAAGCAGUGCAAAGAGGAAUGGAUAAUUACCAUGCGAAGUAUAUAGAAACAAGCUCGAUCGAUCCACUUCUUCAUGUUUGCUAUGGUGGCAUGAUUUUGUCUUACCUUAUUGCUCUUCCUGAGGAACGCCGUCAUCUUGAGCACCAGCAACAUGCUAAGGAGCAUGGUGGGCAUUAGGGAGUGACGGUUUUUAUCGGUCUUUUUAUUAAAGGACUCAUUGAACCUUCUGGAAGUUGCUUUGGUGACCAUUUAUUUGCUUGGUGUUUUUUUGGUAUUUCUGGAUAUUGUAGACUGGAAGAUGCUGUAUUUGCCAAUGGUUUGCAGUCUGAAAUGAUGAAAUAAAAUACCUUGACUGGUUGAACUUA